AGCUUAUAUCACCGGCACUUGCAUUAAACUUGCCUAGAGCUGCAGUGGAUGUGAGUAGCCUAGACUUUUGCCAUAGACCUGUCUACUGAAGCGAUUGUGUCAAUACAGUCUUGCUGAAGGAAAACUGUUGAGUAUAUGCUGUUUUGGCAGGUUCUUGCAUAUUUUGACUUCAGUGACCAUGAGGACCACAGAGAAAUGUUUGUUAGCCCACUUCUACAUAUCAGUCCUAUUUGUUGUAGGAUUUUGCCAAGGAAAGGACUUCUUCAGUGACAAUGCCCUCCAACUCCCAGAAUCCUAUAAGAUUGCCUGGAUGGAGGCCAUUGAUGAUCACAAGUUCAUCUCUGACAUCACCAUCCCUGGUACCCAUGAUACCAUGGCUCGUCAUGGAGGCCCAGAGGCGGAGUGUCAGGCCUGGGAUCUGGAGGAUCAGCUGAAUGCUGGCAUACGUUACCUAGACCUCCAUUUAUUUGCCUUAAAAGGACAUCUGUAUGUGAUGCAUGGGAUUGUCUACGAACACAAGUCAUUCAAUGAGGUCCUUAAGACUAUCAAAGAUUUCCUGCUUGAAUUCAAAAGCGAGACUGUACUCAUUAGUGUAAAAUCUGCUUUGUUCGGUAAAGCUACUGUGUUGGAGCUGGUUGGGAAAAUUAUUAAUGAUGAUAAAGAUGUAUGGGUGAAGCCUGACAUGCCAACUAUGGGUAAGGCCAGAGGAAAGGUGAUCUUUGUUCAGGCACCCAGCUUUAAGCUUGGUGUUCCUCUGUUAGAAACAGACAACCAAGGUGACUAUAAAGUCCAUCAUAUUGCAGCUAAGGAGAAAAAAAUUGCUACACAUUUGUCAGAAGCUUCAGGCCAGUGUGGUAAAGAUGCAGUUGUUUUGAGCUCCUCCAGUGGCACUGGCUUUGGCACUCUAAUUGGCAUGUUUUUAACGCCUAAGAAAGUUGCAAAAGAGAUUAACCCCUGGCUUGAUAAACAUCUUAGGCAGUUGUCUGACAACCACAAAUGUUUUGGGGUGAUUGCCAUGGACUUUCCGGGUUUUGACCUCAUUCAAACUAUAAUUAAGCUUAAUCUUCACUUUCCUAUUCCCUCAAAAUUAAAAUUUUAAAGAACAA